AUGCUGUCAACUGACACAGCGACGACGCAGCCAGAGAAUGAAAAUAAUGGCGCAAGUAACGUUGCCAUCCCAUCUAGUGGUGUGAAAAGGUUCGCUUUUAUACAGCGGUGUUAUUUUAACGAAUUCAUGUCCGCAGUGAUUGUAGAAUUUAUAGGGACCUUUUUAUUGGUGCUUACCGAUCCUCUUAGUGGCAUCAACAACCCUGAGAUGGCUCCUUUUUCUGUCGGUUUUAUGCUUAUGUCACUGGUGUUCUCCUUUGGCUACAUGAGCGGAGGACACCUGAAUCCAAUGGUCUCUUUUGCGGUAUUUCUCAGCUCUGCCAACUUUGGAAAGACCCGUAUGCUGUUUUACUUUAUUGCACAGAUGCUUGGUGGGGUUGCUGCUGCUUUCUAUUGCGUCCUGAUCCAUGGCAAUGAAUUUCCCGUACCUAAUAUGGGUCUGGACUUUUUGCAAAUGCUGCGGGCAUUUUUGGCUGAAAGUGUUUUUACUUUUGUAUUAACGUCUGUCGUUCUCCAUGUUGCUGUCAGCAAGCAGCGCAAUAAUAAUUUCUACGGUUUUGCUAUCGGAUCUGCGGUACUUGUGGGCGGAUUGACGUGUGGAUCGAUUUCCGGUGGGGCUUUCAAUCCUUCCGUCGCCACCGCUUUGAUAGUUGUCCGUUGCUUUGUUUCCUUCUCAGAGUCAGGUUGCACACCUAUGGCAUCGCUGUGGGUGUAUUGGGCUUCUGAGGCGGUGGGGUCGAUAGUCGGCACCAUUUUGUACCUUGCGGUGCAGAACGUGGAGGACCGAUUUUGA